AUGGGCUCGCGGCUGAGCCGGCAGAGCAGCCUGGAGGAGGAGGGCGCCGCCGAGGAGCCCUGCGCCCGGCUGCAGGGCGGCCGCGGCGAUUUCCAGCUCUCGUCGCUGCUGCUGCACCCGCAGAAGCUGCCCGGGGUGCUGAGGAAGAGCUCGCCGGCGCCCUACGUGAGGCGGGUCGGGUGGCUGCGGGAGAUCCAGGCCACGCUCCGCGAGCACAAGCGGGAGCACGCCGUGCACAUCCUCCGCCUGCUCAGGAAGGAUCUGGGACUGGAAGGAACAUUCCUCAAUGAAGUGCUCUACAAAAAUACAACCUUCCUUAACUUGGUGGAUCCCAUCUCCCAUGACUUGCUGAUGAGCCUAGCGAGAGAUCUGCAGUGUCCCAAAAAGGAAUACGACCCCUGGAAGUCCUCGGACCGGAUCUGCCGGCAGCUCAUCUACCACCUCACGCCGCACUCCAAGCGGCACCGGCACGGGCUGCCCCGCAGGAAGCCCCAGGCGUGCCUGAAGACCAGUCUGCAGAAGAAGGUGAGCCAGGACUCCAUGGAUUUGUCAGGGAUCCCCCUGACCAUGCGGGAUGUCCACCGCAUGGCUUACUACCUGCAGAACAAUGGAGACCACCUCACCUCCAUGGACCUGAGCUUCACUGAGCUGAACGACGACAUGGUGCGCCUACUGCUGCCAUUCCUCUGGGCACUACCCAAGCUCACUCACCUUUCCCUCAACGGCAACCGGCUGACCCGGGCGACUAUGAAGGAGCUGACUGAUGCCAUGAAGGACAUGAACAAGUUCCCUUGCCUGGCCUGGGUGGACCUCGGCAACAAUGUAGAUGUCUCUUCCAUGCCGCAGCCCUUGCUCGUGGGCCUGCGCAAGCGCCUCAGCCAGCAGACCACGCUGCCCACCAUCUACGAGGCACUUGACUGCGACUCGGAGCUCUCUGCUGGGAACGAGGGCAGCCAGCCGGAGGACGAAGGAAAGGAAAGCUCCCCGCCACGCGCUUUCCCCCAGCAGGGCUGUGAGAGGUGACUGGGCAACAGGUCGGUGCUGGCAAGCUGAAGCUGCACCGAGGAGAAGUCUUGAGUACAAACACCAAGCAGAGGGCCAGCUUCACCGGCUUCCUUUGGCGCUUUUCUCUCGCCUUCCCUGACAUCUCCCCCCAACUUGCUGUGAGACGAAAGCCUGUCGUCCCCCCACUGCUCCACUCCCUCCCCUCACUGCCAAACCCAUCACCCACGUUCCAGAGAAGAACCAGUGACUUACAGCGAACCUGGUUCCCAGGCAGGGUCUCACUGGAAGAUGGGAAAAGACCUGACGGAGUUAAGAACAUCCUCCAGCAGCCAUUGGGUUGAGGGAAAGGGAUGGGGGAGAAACCUAAACAGAAACAGGCUUGUAGAUUACUUCAUUUCUUCCUUUUCCUAUGCACCUUGGAAACUUUGGGACCUGCAGUCUUGAGUGUGAAAGGAGGUACCCCAAGAGUUACGGAGCUUAGUUAAAGGGCUCAGCGGCUGGAGCCAGAGCCCGGCAGUGUGUCUCCCUCUUGUGUCUGGCUCCUUUUGUUUUGUUUUUUCCUAUUGUGUGUUUUGUA